UUCGUUUUGUUUACACUCUCUCACACAAACACAAAACAACACAAUUUUUGCUUUGAGCAACAAGUUUUUAAAUAAUUUUUUACUUAAAUUAUGCAUUUAAAUAAAAACUUUGUUUAAAUAUUAAAAGGAAACAUGAAUCGUUAUAAAGUCAGUUCCCUAGUGGGAGAAGGUUCUUUUGGUAUGGUGUACAAAGCCGUGCGUAAAGAUGAUGAACAGACAGUAGCAAUAAAAGUUAUAUCCAAACGAGGACGUUCUACUCGUGAGCUAAAGAAUUUACGAAGAGAAUGUGAUAUACAAGCCCAACUGAAACAUCCAAAUGUCAUUGAAAUGUUGGAGUCUUUCGAGACUAAAAAUGAAUUGGUUGUGGUUACAGAAUUUGCUCUCAUUGAUUUGCAUCGCUAUAUGUCGCGCAAUGGUGCCUUGACAGAGGAUAAGGCUCAACGUUUAAUCUGUCAUUUGGUAUCUGCUUUGUAUUAUUUACAUUCUAAUCGUAUUUUACAUCGAGAUUUAAAACCCCAAAAUGUUUUACUCGAUGAAGAUUUACAUGCCAAGUUGUGCGAUUUUGGUCUGGCCAGAAACAUGACUAUGAGUACUCAUGUCUUGACUUCAAUUAAAGGUACUCCCUUAUAUAUGGCCCCAGAGUUAUUGGCCGAAAGGCCAUAUGAUCAUCAGGCUGAUUUGUGGUCUUUGGGUUGUAUAUCGUAUGAAACUAUGGCCGGACAACCUCCAUUUUGUACCACGUCCAUAUUGCAUUUGGUAAAAAUUAUCAAGCACGAAGAUGUAAAAUGGCCAAGUUUUCUCAGCAGCGAGUGUCGCUCAUUUUUACAGGGUUUAUUGGAAAAAGAUCCUUCCUUACGAACCAGCUGGGCUCAAAUUUUAUGUCAUCCCUUUGUUGAAGGUAAACUAUAUAUAAAAGCUGGUAUUAAAGCCGAGAAUUCACCUUUUAUUAAUCCUCAAAUUAAUAAAAAUAAAUCAAAAACUUCGAAUACAAAAGAAAAUUUGGAUCUUAAUAAAAUUACCAAGAAUUUGCGAACAAUUAAUUUGAACGAAACCCAGGACAAUCUUAUGUGUUCGCGUGACAGUAUUAAUGCCAUACCACCCAGCGACAUUGAACAAUUAGAAACGGAUGUUGAGGAUAAUAUAAAUCGUAUUUCGGUACCUUUUACCGAACAGUCAUAUCGCAAUGAUAAUGCUAAAACGAUUAACCAAACACCCACGAAACAGCCAGAUAUUGUUCCAGUUUCAGCAGCACCAGUAGUGAAUUCUCAGACUUGUUUUGUAAGCGGAAAUAAUAAUAUGAUUUUAAAUCAUUUAAAUGAUAAUUUUGCCCUAAAUGAGGCCGCCAAAACCACAGCAAGUGGUACAAAUAAAAACAAACCGUUGGCAUGUAACAACUCGACUAAGAAAUCGCGCAAUAAAGAUUUGGAAAAGCGUAAACUUAGUCAAAAUCUGGACAAUUUUUCUUUGCGUUUGGUUAACAAUGUUGAAAAUGACAAUCAAAAGAAAUCUAGUGAUAAGAUUUCUCUUUCAAAAAAGGAUCAGGAAAAUAAUUUAAAAGAUUCUAAAAAUACUGCUAUAAAAACUCCGAAUCAGUCGGGAGAGGAAAAACAAAGCACAGAGUAGGCUUAACUUUUGGUUUUGAAGUAAAAAAUUAAGUUAAGUUUAAAAAAUAUUUCUAGAAAUUCACCACCUUGCUUAUUACCCGGCUGGGAUUCCUGUGAUGAAUCUCAAAGUCCUCCCAUAGAAAAUGAGGAAUGGUUAGCCUUUUUACAUCGCUCCAUGCAGGAGGUGCUUGAUGGCGAAUUGGAAUCUUUAAAACAACAAAAUUUGGUCAGUAUAAUAGUGGCGCCUUUACGUAAUUCUAAAGCCAUACCCAAAGUAGUGGACAGCGUGGCUCAAUUAUUGUCUUUGCCAUUUGUGUUGAAUGAACCCUUAAGUAUUAUAGAAGUUAUAAAAAUGGUCUAUGUUGAUGUUAAACUAGUGCCCAAUUUAAUGUAUGCCUCUAAACUCUUGAUUUAUCAGCGAUCAGUUGAUGAUUCCACCGCCUCGUUGCCCUUGUCUCACAAUCCUCAACGUAAAAUACGCACAGUUAGUGAAUUAAAUAAUGAGGAAAUCAAAUGUGCCUCCAGAUUAUAUGAGCUUAUUUGCCAUUUGGUUCUCAUUAAACAACAAUUCUUGACACAAUUUUGUGAUGCAGUAGCUAUAUUGGCUGCUGAUGAAUUACUCAUCAACUUUCUCAAUCAGGACUUUAAAAAUGUUUAUGCUUUGCGCAUAGCAAAUUGUAUAUUGGCCUUAUUGGGUUGUGUUUUAAGAGAGCUACCCGAGAAUGCCGAAUUGGUAGAAAAAAUUAUAUUUUCUUCGAAAGUAGACCUAUUGGCUUUACUUAAACAUCCCAAUGAUUUGCUAAGAUUGAGAAUGUGUAUGUUGAUACGCUUGUUGGGCCGAUUUAGUUUAAGAGCUUUACAAAACUCCUGGUCCUCGAAUGUUAAGCAAGCCAUUGAAGACUUGGCCGAAGAUGAUAAUAGUGAAGUAAAAGAGGAAGCAGAAAAUACUCUAAAUGAACUACGUCAAUUUUCGUUUUAUUCUUAAAUUGAAAAAUCACAAAUAUUUUAUAUUUUAAGCUUAAAAGCAAAGGCAUUUAUUUUUGUCUAACUGUGUAAUCUUUUUAUGUGUUUUUAACAGUUUAUUUUUAUACUUAAAUUAUUCUCUCUUUUAACUUUUAAUAUUAAGUGAAUAUUUUAUCUAAUGUUCCUUGGAAAUAAUCUAUAAUUUCAUUCAAUGAAUUUCCAAAUCGAUCAAAAUUAAAUAUGUUAAAAGUAUUACAA